UUACAAGUGAUGAUGAUGUAAUGGAGCAGUUAAAAUCUCCAAGAUGUGGAUAUUUUUUACAGUUAAACAGUUCAUUAGAGGUUUUUCUGAGAACGCCAAAGAACAGCAGUUACUUUGAAAAUCCCUGGUAUGUUGGCUGGAAAGUUUGCCAGAAAACUAUUAAUGAUAAGUUUGCUCAACUGGUUGGUCGACCAAACUUCUUCCAUGAAAAUGCCUCUAUUUUCACCCUUCCUCAUGUAUAUAUGGGAACUCCUGGGCCCGGAGUAUUUGAAUUCCAUGUUGACCUUCACGUUUCCCCCAGCUGGCAAAUACAGUUGACCGGGAGGAAAAUCUGGAGAGUUCAUCCCCCUCCUGAAUGCUGGAAUACAUGUUCUAAGAACAUUAUUGAGAUUUUGCUAGAGCCAGGAGAUGCCUUGUUUGUUCAAUCUGGAUACUGGUAUCAUGCAACUGAAGUACUUGGAACAAAUCUAUCAGAACUUAGUCAAGUAUUUAUUUUUGAUUAUGAGAGUGGAUUGCUUUCUGAUCUGAUUUAAAAUAAAAAAAAAAAUAUCUUG